GUUAAGAUCGGAGGGGGCGGCGGCGGGACCGCUCACUCGCCGCAGCUGUCUAGGGGCCGUAGUCACAGCGCCGCUCCUGCUGGGGGCUGCUCUCGCCAAUUAACUGCCCUGCCACCUCCUUUUCCAGAGCCCAGCUCCCCCUGGCCAGAACAUCCCCCCAGGAUGGCAGAGGAGGGCAGCAGUGCCAAGGACUCUGAGUCCUUCAGCGUGCUCAACUGGGAUCAGGUUAGCCGGCUGCAUGAGGUCCUGACCGAGGUCGUCCCGGUCCAUGGGCGAGGCAACUUUCCCACCUUGGAGAUAACCCUGAAGGACAUCGUCCAGACUGUCCGUAGCCGGCUGGAGGAGGCGGGCAUCAAAGUGCAGGACGUCCGGCUGAACGGCUCUGCAGCCGGCCACGUUUUGGUCAAAGACAAUGGCUUGGGUUGCAAAGAUCUGGAUCUGAUCUUUCACGUGGCUCUUCCCACGGAGGCAGAAUUCCAGCUGGUGAGAGAUGUUGUCCUGUGCUCUCUUCUGAACUUCCUGCCGGAGGGCGUGAAUAAGCUCAGGAUCAGCCCGGUCACCCUGAAGGAGGCCUACGUUCAGAAGCUGGUCAAGGUUUGCACCGAUGCUGACCGCUGGAGCCUCAUCUCCCUCUCCAACAAGAACGGGAGGAACGUGGAGCUCAAGUUCGUUGACUCCAUCCGGCGUGAGUUCGAGUUUAGUGUCGACUCCUUCCAGAUCGUCCUGGACUCCUUGCUCUUCUUCUACGACUGCUCUGGCAAUCCCAUCUCUGAGCAUUUCCACCCCACCGUGAUUGGGGAGAGCGUGUAUGGGGAUUUUGAGGAGGCCUUUGAGCAUCUCCAGAACAGGCUGAUUGCCACCAAGAACCCCGAAGAGAUCCGAGGCGGGGGUCUUCUGAAAUACAGCAACCUUCUUGUGCGGGACUUCAGGCCUGCGGACCAGGAGGAGAUCAAGACUCUGGAGCGUUACAUGUGCUCCAGGUUUUUCAUCGACUUCCCGGACAUCCUGGAACAGCAGAGGAAGCUGGAGACCUACCUUCAAAACCACUUUGGUGAAGAAGAGAGAAGCAAGUAUGACUACCUCAUGAUCCUGCGCCGGGUAGUGAACGAGAGCACCGUGUGUCUCAUGGGGCACGAACGCAGACAGACCCUGAACCUCAUCUCCCUCCUGGCCUUGCGUGUGCUGGCGGAACAGAACAUCAUUCCCAGCGCCACCAACGUCACUUGUUACUACCAGCCAGCUCCUUACGUCAGCGAUGGCAACUUCAACAACUAUUACAUUGCCCAUCCUCCCGUUACCUACAGCCAGCCUUAUCCUACAUGGCUGCCCUGUAACUAACCUUAGGACCGGAGGCUUUCCACAGUGGGAACCCACUUAGGGCAGGGGCUCUCAGGUAGGAGAGCCUCCUCCUAGAUGUAGGUGUUUGGCUUUUCAAGGGGGAACUCAGCUCUGGGUGUGCUUGUCUUUGCUGUACCCACCGGGAUAGGUCCACGGAAGACCGUGAGCUAACCCUACAAGGACCCUAUUACAGUGUCAUUCCGGAACAUGCAACAGGAAGCGUGACUUCUCCACAUCCUUCUAAGAUGCUCGCUAGCACGUCACUACCUGGACGUUAGCACAUGGGGAUUGGAACUCUGCACAGUCUCUGAGAUUGGGAGCGUUGGGCAGCAUAUGAGAAGUGUUAAAGGCUUUCCUCUCAGCAGGCCUGCAGGCUAUCUUAUUCAGGAUUCCCAGCAGUUCCGUGAAAGCUGUGCAACUGUGUCCAUUUUAGUCAGCUCCCAAACUGAUAAACAUGAGGGUGCUUUUUGUGACUGGAUUUUUUCACUCACGGGACUAAGUUGUGCAUUGCCUAGUCCCUGUCAGCAGAGCUGAGAAUUUCAUUCAUCAAUAAACCAAAGCCAAUAGCUGGAGACUCGAGAUCUGGUUGGAAGUGGUUUAUGGUAUAUGCUGUGCUUUGUCAAGAAAUUAUGAGAUAUUGUGGAGAGAGAGAGAGAAAAAAAAAAGAUGAUCUUUUCUUGAAAUGUAACUUGAAAACAAUAAAAUGUGGAACAUAAUGUUAAAGUAGAAUUGUGGUGGUGGCGGGCGGGGUGACGAUUGUCGAUAGGAAACACAAAUGUUUUGUCUUGUUU